AUGCAUCUCGACUAUCUGCUCCGCUGUUGUAUCUGUCAGAUGCACUACCACCGCGUCUCCAUACAGCGCCGCGAGCUCCUCGAGACUCUUGUUCCUGGUCUCAAGGUACAUGAAGUAGACGACAACUACCGACACCAGGGCCAGGCAGGCAAACACUAA